AACCUCCGCGAAUCUGAUUGGUCGAAUGUGAGCGGAUGUUUUUUCCACAGCGCUCGUUUACAGGAAACGUGUCUGAUCAUCUGCGUGAACAAAACGACAAAAAACAGACAUGAUUGAGGUGGUGUGUAACGAUCGACUGGGGAAGAAGGUUCGAGUCAAAUGCAAUCAGGAGGACACAAUAGGAGACUUGAAGAAGUUGAUCGCUGCUCAGACCGGCACACGGUGGGACAAGAUCGUGCUGAAGAAAUGGUACACCAUAUUUAAAGAUCACGUGUCACUGGGAGACUAUGAAAUCCACGACGGCAUGAACCUCGAACUCUACUACCAAUAGAAAACACACACACACACACUGCAACAGACUGUACAUCACACACAUUUUGUCGAAUGUUGGUGUUAACAUGCAUCAAGGCAUCAGAAUUGAAUUGUUUUGAUAUUAUUUGGAAAUAAAGCUCACAUUUAUAUGUGC